AUGGAUAGAGACAGCGUGGCUAUAAUAUCUCCUGGCGGCCAAAGUUAUUCGAGUAGUAGUAAUUUGGAUCCUCAGUUGGAUAGGACGAGGUCCCAAAGUACUGGGAAUGAGAGUGGUGAACACGAUGUAGCUUUGGCUAGUAAACCACUUUUAAAGCUGAAGCUCUUGGAUUCUCUACGUCAAGGAAAUUUCAAGCAGUUGGAGGCUUUGAUUAAAAACGAAUUCCAGCCGGUGGGGGAUCCGAAUGUGGAAGAAGUGAGGAAUUUAGUUUUGCACUACGCUGUUCAAGUUGCUCCUGCUGCUUUAAUCAAAGAUAUUGUCCGUGAAUGGGCCAAUAAUACCAGAGGCGGAAUUACCAUCGAUAUUAACUACAGGGAUGAGAAUGGUGAUACUCCAUUGCAUUUAAGUGCAUUCCAGUCACGCGGAGACGUGAUAGAGUUUCUGAUGGAUCAACCACACGUUAACGACUGUAUACUGAACAACUCACAUCUGCAGCCGGUAGAGAUGUGCAGGAAUUUGAGCAUUGCUCACAUGAUGCAGGCCAAAAGGGCUACUUAUGUUGCAGAAAUUGCUCAAGAAUUUAGAACUGCUUUCAAUAACAGAGAUUUUGGUCACUUAGACUCAAUUCUAGUUAAUCCAAGAAAUGCAGAACUGUUGGACAUUAAUGGUAUGGAUCCAGAAACCGGAGAUACUGUUCUACAUGAGUUUGUUAAAAAAAGAGAUGUUAUCAUGUGUCGGUGGUUACUAGAACACGGUGCCGACCCUUUUAACAGAGAUCGUCAAGGUAGGUUACCUGUGGAUCUUGUCGGUAAGGUAAAUGAGAAUGACAGCGCAACGAAUACUAAAGUGGCGAUCGAUAUCGAGUUGAAAAAGCUUUUGGGCAAAGCAGCCAAGGAACAGAGUGUAAUCGACGUUACCAAUAAUUUGCAUGAACCCCCAACACAUAAAGGAUACUUAAGAAAAUGGACAAAUUUUGCACAAGGUUAUAAGCUGCGUUGGUUCAUCCUAAGUGGAGAUGGUAAGCUUUCCUACUAUAAAGAUCAAGCCGAUACAAGAAAUGCUUGUAGGGGUUCUUUAAACAUGUCAACAUGUUACCUCCAUUUGGAUUCUUCGGAAAAAUUGAAGUUUGAAAUUAUUGGUGGUAGUAACGGUGCAAUUAGAUGGCAUUUAAAGGCAAACCAUCCCAUUGAAACUAAUAGAUGGGUUUGGGCUAUUCAAGGUGCCAUUAGAUUUGCCAAGGACAGGGAGUUGUUGAUGAAAUCAGGAACGGUACCACCAUCCUUAGCAAUGAGUAGAGGUUUGAAUGCUGGCGGUAGAUACGAUUCUCCAUUGUAUUCUUCACAACUACAAUACAAUCAAGGUGGUGGUAAGAAUAGCCAACUGUUAGAUGAGGAGCUGGGUGUGUCUGAUGGGUCGGCUCAGCAAGGUAGAAUGCCCUCCUCUUCAGAUCACCGUAACAAAAGAGUAAGUACGGCGUCAAUUACUUCUAAUGACUUAAGGUUGAAUAAUAAUUUGACUGAAUCAGGUAAGGAAUACGUUAACAGAAUGGUGGGUAACAGGCUUGAUUCCAGCUCUCGCGAAGGCCGCUCCCGUACCAACUCUAACCUGUCCCAUAAUCAUGCAAACGAAAGAUCUGGUCAUAACAGUCUAGUAGGAGGGGUUGCUGGCCACCCAGGCAAUAGUCAAAUUAACAACCAGAAACGUCAAGUGAAUGAAACUCAAGGUGAAGAUAGAUUACCACAGCAACAAUCCCAACAAGAAGAGCAACAAUACUAUGGUCAUCAUCAAACGAACGCAAACGUCCAACCUAAGAAGUCAACGCCUUUGGAAGCUUCCUCUACUCAACUGACUUCAACAGCAAGAACACCUGAACAUGCAGGUGGUGCAUUUGAACCUGCACCCACUGAUUCAAUUGACAGCCACGUACCCUCGAACGAAGAUGAAUUAGACAAUUUCUCUGACGAAGAGGAGGAUAACCAGGAUCGUAACUCUAAUUUCGAUGUAGAUGAUGAAGACGUCAAAACUCAAUAUGGCCCUUAUUCUCAAAGAUUAUCAAUGCUCCAAAGAUCACUGUCAAUGGAAUUGAGUUCAUUAAAAGAAUUAUUAGACACAGGUCACCCAAGCGAGGAAGCUUGGGGCAUGUUAAGGAAAUCUUUGGGUUCUAUCUCCAACACCUUUGAAAAAUUGUACUUCUUGACUUCCUCUAGGGAUAAGAAAUUGGGAUCUUUGUUGGCAAAACAACGUGAAGUGAACAAUGUGUGGAUUCAAUCAGUUAAGGAUCUAGAGUUGGAAUUGAUUGAAAAGAGCAACCGUUUGGCCUCCCUAGAUAAAGAAAGAAGAGGGCUGAAAAAGUUGUUACACAAGAAAUUAUCUGAGGCUGGUGCUUCCACUGAUGGUUCUCAAUUCGAUUCCACCACAUCUCGUCAAGUAGACGAUUCCAAUGCUACUCUAGAAGGCAUUGCCAAAUUUAUUGAAGCUACAAGGGAAGAAGAUGAAGAAUCGGAUGCCGAGGUCUUCUUUGACGCUGAAGAUUUGGUAGACGCUUCUGACGAGGAUGAAGAAAGAUAUCCUUCUGAAUCGACGAACCAAACAAAACCUGAUUCAUCAGAAGGUUCUAUUCCACAGCAUGGAGACCGUUCAUAUGGAAACAAAAAGGAGGAAGAAGGCAAGUCUCAAAACAGGGAUACAGAUUAUAAUGGUAAGGAUGCAGAGCAAAAGUUCUCCAUCAAUGAACCACCAUCUACUGCACCUCCUCCAGUACCAAGCACUCAUGAAGAUACUACCUCACAGAAGGUACCGGAAGAAGUGAGACCAGAAAGUCAAUAUUCCUCUUCUGACCAGACCCGCAUUUCCUCUGCAAGCCAUAAUCGUAAUCCUUUCAGAGAAACGGAAGGUCAAUACGCCGCAGAGGGCGCUUCUAAAAACAAUGAAGACAUUGGCAAGGAGACUGAAAAUUUUGAAAGGAACGAAGGCCAAGCUGGCGGUGCUCCAUCCUCAAAUGAAUUAAAACAAUUGAACACCAAGGUACCAGACGAAAGAUCAAGGAAGGAACCAUCUUCCACUGGCUCACCAGUGGAAAUGGCCAGAGACAAAGUUGGAACACCUCAAGAACCACAAGUUCUACGUCCUCAGGGUAAACGUCCUCCUAAAGAUGUUGGUUCCGGUGCCGCUGUGGCUGGUGGUGUCGCUGCUGGCGCUGGUGGUGCUGCUGGCGUCUCGAAAUCUGAUUCUACUAAGAAUCAAAAGGAAGAUUUCGGUCCCAGACAUGAUUCUAAUCAAAGCUCGAUGAAAAAGCCUAGCGCUAACAAACCUGAGCAGCAGGAUGGUACUGCUCAAGAUAAUGAACUAAUGAAUCUUCCAAUGGUCGGUGAGACGGAAAAACAAAAGCAAAAAUAUUCUGUUAUUUUGAAAGAAGGUUCCUUCAAGGGUUAUGAAGACGGAGUAAGAAAGAGAUUGAGAAUUGAUGACGAUGACCGUCCAGCAAUCAGUCUAUGGUCCGUACUAAAGUCUAUGGUCGGUAAGGAUAUGACUAGAAUGAGUUUACCAGUCACUUUCAAUGAACCAACCUCAUUGUUACAAAGGGUUGCUGAAGAUUUAGAGUAUUCCGACCUUCUGGAUACUGCUUCGACUUUUGAAGAUUCCUCUUUAAGAAUGUUAUACGUUGCUGUGUUCACUGCGUCUUCGUAUGCAUCUACCGUUAAGAGGGUUGCCAAACCUUUCAACCCAUUAUUGGGGGAAACUUAUGAGUAUUGUAGACCUGAUAAGGGAUACAGAUUCUUCACAGAACAGGUGUGUCACCACCCUGUUGUUUCUGCUACUUGGACCGAAUCUGCUAAAUGGGACUUCUGGGGUGAAUCCAACGUGGACACAGGAUUCAAUGGUAGAUCAUUCAACAUUAAACAUUUGGGUUUAUGGUACAUCAAGAUGCGUCCUGAUAGCAGUGAGGGUGAGGAAUUGUACACUUGGAAAAAGCCAAACAACACGGUUAUUGGUAUCUUAGUUGGUAACCCUCAAGUGGAUAACAACGGUGAAGUCGAAGUUGUUAAUCAUACGACUGGUGAUCGUUGCUUAAUCAACUUCAGAGCCCGUGGUUGGAGAUCUCAAGGUGCAUACGAAGUUACUGGUGAAGUUUUUGACAAGAACAAUAACAAAAAAUGGAUUCUCGGUGGUCAUUGGAAUGAUGCUAUCUAUGCAAAGAUGGCCACUCCUAAGAACGACAGCGAUAUUAUGAAGACCAAGGACACCUCUUCUACUGGUCCUAAAUUCGAUGGUUCUAAAUUCUUAGUUUGGAAGGCAUCUCCAAGACCAGAAGCACCUUUCAAUUUGACGCCAUUUGCUAUAACUCUUAAUGCUCCUCAACCAAGUCUCGUACCGUGGGUAGCUCCUACUGAUACUAGAUUGAGGCCGGAUCAAAGAGAGAUGGAGGAUGGUGUUUACGACAAAGCUGGUGAUGAGAAACAUAGAUUGGAGCAAAAGCAAAGAAUGGUGCGUAGAAAGAGAGCUGAAACUGGUGAGGUCCACAAACCUGUUUGGUUCCACAAGGAAGUUCAUCCAGUUACUAAGUCCGAGUACUGGCAAUUCAACGGUGAUUAUUGGAAAUUAAGAAAAGAUCACAAGCUAAAGGAAGUUUGCCCAGAUAUUUUUUAA